UCACAUUUCAAUGUCGGCGUACGCAAACAAACUGUCUGUGCUGGUCCUCCUGAAUGACUGACGCGUGGAAUGGCACUCUCUAUUGCCAUCCUAGACUGUGACUUACUGCUGCAUGGUCGUGGGCACAAAACACUUGAUCGAUUUGACAUUGAAACGGUGUCAGAUGAGUUUCUGCUGACCACGUUCGGUUUCCCACGUGAGUUCAUUUAUUAUCUAGUGGAACUGUUGAAGGACAGCUUGUUGAGACGCACACGGAGGUCACGAGCUAUCAGGCCAGAUGUACAGAUACUUGCUGCCCUGGGAUUCUACACAACUGGGUCCUUCCAGAGCAAGAUGGGAGAUGCGAUUGGCAUCAGCCAGGCCUCCAUGAGUCGCUGCGUUUCUAAUGUCACUAAAGCACUGAUUGAGAAAGCACCUGAGUUUAUUGGCUUCACCAGGGAUGAGGCCACCAAGCAGCAGUCCAAAGAGGAGUUUUACAGAAUGGCAGGAAUUCCUAAUAUCUUGGGUGUAGUGGAUUGUGCACAUAUAGCCAUUAAAGCACCCAACGCAGAUGACUCUUCCUAUGUAAAUAAAAAGGGAUUUCACUCAAUCAACUGCCAGAUAGUAUGUGAUGCCAGAGGCUUGCUGCUUAGCGCUGAGACACAUUGGCCAGGCAAUCUGACAGACAGAGCUGUUUUUAAGCAAUCCAGUGUUGCAAAACUUUUUGAAGAGAAAGAUAAUCAUGAGGGCUGGCUUUUAGGCGAUAACCGUUACCCUCUAAAGAAGUGGCUGAUGACUCCGAUGCAAAAUCCAGAGUCCCCUGCUGACUACCGCUAUAAUCUGGCCCACACGACCACACAUGAAAUUGUGGACCGCACAUUCCGAGCCAUUCAGACACGUUUCCGUUGCCUGGAUGGGGCAAAGGGCUACCUGCAAUACUCCCCAGAGAAAUGUUCCAAUAUCAUCCAGGCCUGCUGCGUGCUACAUAACAUUUCCCUGCAGUCUGGCCUUGAUGCCUGGACGUUUGAGAGGACUGAGAUCACAGACCAAUCAGAAGAGGAUGUCGAUCCCACUGACACUGUUGAUCCAGAGGCUUUGAGAGUUAGACAAGAACUUAUUCAAAACCAUUUUGGUUAGGACAGAAUAUGGGAUUCAUUAUUUCCCGAUGCUGUAUGCUUUCUUCUAAUAUGCUGUUGUCUUCCUGUAUGGCAAGAUUUUGAAGUUAUAAUUUGUACUCUGUCAUGGUCCUUAUGAACUUUAUGUAUGAAUUUAUUUAGUUUCAGGAAUGAACACCAUGAUAAACAAAAGAGGAACUGUUUUUUUUUUUUUUGUUCAGUUUGAGAUUUCUAGUUAAAAAUUAUAGCUCUGCAAAAUGAAGGAUCAAUAACUCAUCACAACAAUA